AUGUCCAACAACUCGUCCAUCACAGCUGCAUCCCCGGCGGGAGGAACCCGUGGUAGCCAUGCCCGCGCAAAUAGCACACAAGGCGAGCCCCUUGCCGCCGGCGUGAAGAGGGAAAGGACCGUUGACGUUGCCAACACCUCGCCCGCUCAGUCGCCAAGCGCCUCGCAGCAGUCGACUCCUGCUCCGUCUUACGGCCAUGGCAAUGGCCCCGAAGCCAAGAAGCGCAAGUCGGCAGCGCCGGGCUCCCGGGGCGUGGCCAACCUCACGCCCGAGCAGCUUGCCAAGAAGCGUGCAAACGACCGUGAAGCGCAGCGCGCUAUAAGAGAGCGGACUAAGAUGACAAUUGAGAACCUCGAGAGCCGCAUCCGGGAGCUGACCAGCCAACAGCCCUACCAGGAGCUUCAGGCUGCCUUGAGGGCUAAGGAGGCUGUCGAGGCGGAGAAUGCAGACAUCAAGAGGCGCCUGGCAUCUGUCAUCUCCAUGAUCCAGCCCCUGAUUAACUCGUCGCCAAAUGAGCAGCAACCAGUCCUGCCUUCCCCCGGCCAUUCCUUCCUGAACGUGUCCGCGCCAACAGAUGCAGCGCAAAACUCCGGUCAAAACAACAUGUCGACGCCGUCGAGCGCUGCGUCGCCAACUCAGGACCCCUAUGCGACACAGUGGAACUCGGGGGCGUCUACCAGCAGCGGGCCCGUGACAGCACAAACCCAGGCUUACAAGUCCCAGCUCAAUCAGCAGCGCCACGACCUAGCACAUGGCCUGGAAUUCGGCACGGAACGUUUGGGCCUGGAUUUUCUGCUUGACCAGUCCCAAAGGGCGAGAGGCAUUCACAAUGUGACCAAUGGGACGGCGCACGAGUCCACUGCGUUUCGUCACCAUGCUCCGCCGACAAGCUCCUCCCACCCCGACUCGCCCUUCCCGCACAAUGGCACCCGCGGCGCAGACUUUGUAACCGCCCCAAGAAGCGGCGGCAUGGACAGCAAUAUCGACCCGGCAUUGCAAGGCGCAAUCGAUCCGGCCCUAUCCAACUAUUCCACACCAAUCAAGAACUGCCCGCCCACCUGCCCUCUCGAUAGUCUUCUCCUCGACUUCCUCCACGAGCGUCGUCAACGCGCUGCAGAGGGCCUACCCACGCAGGAGAUCAUUGGCCCUCGUUAUCCCAGCGUCUCCUCGCUGCUCAAUCCCAUGAAGGAUUCGCACCCGCUCUCCAAGGUCUUCAUCGACAUACUGCAGACAUUCCCGGACAUCUCGCAGCUCCCGGAGCGUGUCGCAGUUUUGUACGUCAUGUUCCUCCUGAUGCGGUGGCAGAUUCACCCGUCGCAGGAGAACUACGAGCGGCUGCCCGACUUCAUACGGCCCCUCCCCGGCCAGCUGUACACGCCGCACCCGGCCUGGCUGGACUCGCUACCGUUCCCGGCCAUGCGCGAGCGGCUGAUCACCGACUACGCGCCGCCCGAGGUGUUCCCCUUUGAGCACUUCUUCAUCCCCUUCACCACCACCGUGAGCCUCAACUGGCCGUACGAGGACACCGACACCCUCCUGCAGAGCCCCGAGAGUGAUGAGCUCAUGAUCAAUCCCGUCUUCGAGAGGCACCUGCGCCGCCUCGAGAACUGGACCCUCGGCGACGCGUUCGCCCGAGCCUUCCCCAACCUCGAGGGCACGUACAACCUCAAGACCGACGGGGCCUGCGGCACCCGUGCCCGUGGCGGGCGCAACAGCUCGGAGGGGAGGUAG